CAUGCGUCAGUCUCCCUCCCCUCACGCCACCCUCGCGCUCACUCUCACUCCACCGCCCCCACCAACUCCUCUGGCCACCUUUCCGGCGACCUAUCGUUGUGCUCUAAACUCCAUGCAAUCCCGUACGUGCAUUUUUUCUGCCGCUAAUCACCGAGGGAAUAGCUGGGCACCCACACGUAGGCCGCCAAUCAAUUACCGCCACGUUAUCGAAGCGGCGGCGGCGGCGUGGCGAGAGGCGACCGGGUCUGUAUUGCGUGUGUGUGGUGAGAGUCGGGUGGCCGGUGCUCCGGUGCCGCCCCGCCAUCACCACUGCCAUCACGACGCCUCCCCGCACGCACGGUGGCUCCCUCCAGAUACCCUUGGUACCUCACGCCCUACAGCCUCUAUGAGCUAAGCAUGAAAGGAAUUGGCAAGCGAAAAGUGAGUCCGGAUAGUGACACCGAGGAGGAGGAAGGCGGAGGAGAUGGUGGCGGCGGCGGGGGUGGAGGUGGAGGAGGCGGAGGUGGAGGAGGAGGAGGUGGUGGUGGUGGAGGAGGUGGUGGUGGUGGUGCGCAUGGAGGAGGGGGAGGUGGAGGAGGCGCCCGGAAGGAGAAGGACAUGGACCUGCCGCCCAUGCCCAAGAGGCCUUCCUUAGUCUCUAUCGACAGCGAGGACGAGAACAAGAUGGUGGAGGUGAAGACUGGCAUCUGCGGGCUCGAUCCUACCACAGGGAAGGGCAAGCAGAUCCACCUGAUCCAGAUGUUGCUGCUUCCCUUCGUGCCCAUCAUGGCGCUCAUCAUCCAGAACUCGAUCAACAUGGUCAGCAUCCUCGAGUACCAGAACGACAUGCAGGAGACCAUCGACCAGGUCCAGAUUAGCACGGGUCUGGGCAACGUGACGGAGGCGCUGCAGUCUGAGCGGGCCGAGAUCGCCUUCUACCUCUUCACGAACGGCUCCAUUAUCCGCCGCAACCUGUCCGAGCAUUUCGCCUACACCAACUCCCUCAUCGAGAACCUCAAGUGGCCUGCCUUCAGGAUCGACGACCACCUCUUCCAGAAUAAGAUCCUGUUCCGUAUUCGCCUGGACGACUUCCGAGACAAAAUCACCCGCUUCGACACGCCUAACAUCGAGGCCGGCAUCGCCUUCUACAACAGGGCCAACUACAUCUUUCUCGACCAGCUGACACGAGAGAUCAAAGAGAAGGACGCCUCGGGGGUGUGGCGGCCGCUGCUCGCCUACAAGAAUAUGAUACGCGCCAUCGAGCACCUGGGCAUCUCCAUGGUGUUCGGUGAGCAGUACUUCGGCCGCGGAGACCUCGACCAGAGCUCCUACAUCGCCUUUGUCACCAACGACGCCCUCGGCCAAGACUUCCUGAACGCCUCUCAAAACUUUGCCUUCUGGAUAGGAACGCGGUACAAGGCGCUGCAGAAGGACUACCCGUGGUACUCCAACAUCACGCGCCGCCGACUGGAGAUCCUCGGAAGGGAGAAGAUUCAGCCGGACUUCGAGAAGGCCACCGAGUACUUCUAUGCCAUGUUGGGUUACCUGGACGCCCUGCAGAAGGUUCAGUACGAAAUCAGGAAGACCAUUCAGUACACCAUCGUGAAGGAGGUGCAGGCGUCCAACAGUCACGUGGUCAUCGGCAUCGCGUUGCUCGCUGUGGUGCUCAUCAUCUCCCCGGUCAUCAUCAUCCUCGUCCGCAUGAUUACCAGGACGCUGCAGGCUUUCUCAGAGACGCUGCUGCACAAGACCCAUGAACUGCGGUUUGAGAAGAAGCGGUCGGACAAGUUGCUGUACCAGAUGUUGCCGAGCAGCGUGGCGCAGCAGCUCAGGAUUCACAAGGCGGUGGCGGCCGAGACCUACUCCUCCAUCACCAUCUACUUCAGCGACAUCGUGGGCUUCUCCGAGAUGGCCUAUCACAGCACGCCUAUGCAGGUCAUCUCUCUCAUGAACGUCCUCUACAAGAUGUUCGACUCCCGCAUCGACUGCUACGACGUGUACAAGAUCGAGACCAUUGGGGACGCCUACAUGGUGGCCUCGGGGCUGCACAUGAGGAAGAAAGGCAAGGAUCACGCCGCCGAGAUCGCAGCAAUGGCCAUCGACCUCUUGCACGGCACCGAGAACUUCGUCAUCCCGCACAUGCCCGGCGAGCGCCUGCAGAUCCGCAUCGGCAUCCACACGGGGUCCGCGGUGGCCGGCGUCAUCUGCACCAAGACGCCGCGCUACUGCCUCUUCGGCGACUCCGUCAUUCUCGCCGCCAAGAUAGAGUCGUCGGGCCUACCAUUCAAGAUCCACAUAUCGCAAGACACGAAGGACUGCCUUGACCGCGUUGGUGGCUUCAUCGUCAAGCUGAGAGGAGAGCUGGACGUUAAGGGGCGGGGCGUGAUGGACACCUACUGGCUUACGGGGAAGCACGGGGUCCUGCCUGAUCGCCGCCCUUACUCGGGGAAGGACGAUGACGAGUUCAUGGCCGACAAUCCCCACUCGGAGUAUGGCCGGCGCCCGAUGGAUGAACACGGCAAGCACCAGUCGUCCUUCGCCAAGGCCAUCGGCUUCUGCAAAGAUCUUCUGGGAUGAGACGUGAACACCAACAUUCUAACACCAACAUUCUAAUUUCGCUGAGUACAGAAACGUUUAUCACACGAUUUCGCUAUUUUUUUCUCUGUCUCUCCUUUUUUAUGUAGGAAAAAAUAUAUAGGAUAUUUUAUAAGGUGCAUAUUAAGGAAAAAAUAGCCGCAUAUCGAGGGCAACUGAAAAAAGCAUACGAAGACACAUUACAAAAGCAUCACGCAUUUUUUCUCACUUUUUAUGGCACAUGUAAAAGUGAGAUGAAAGGUAACAAGCUGCACCUAUAUCCAUUUUCACCCUAGUAUGUUGAUAUAGGAGCACCACACUAUGCUUACACAGAUAACUAGCCAUCUUCAUAUCAGAUGACAAUGCUUACGAACAGCCCCACAUACACACCUACAGGAAGAGGUAAUACUUACUACACAGAGCCAGCAAUAGGGUGUGUCUUUAAGCCUUCCAGACACACUUUGGCGAUGCUUCAGUUGGAGGCAUUUCCACCGUCACCUUCUUAACCAUUUUUCUUCGCCCGUGCCUCCGUCAGACAUUCUAGCAGCAAAAAGACCGCGCAGAGGCUGGCUUCUCGCGGGCCCUUGGUGCUGGCGUCUCACAGGGGCCUCAGGGUACGGAAGAGGCCUUCUUGACCCCUUCGCUCUCCUGCACUAACGCUCGUAUCAAGAGGAAGAGAGGAUGGUGGUCGAAACAUGAUUCGAGUGAGUUUGCAGGAGGGUUUCGAAACAAGAUAGAAGGACUAUUUUUUUUAUAUAGGGAUAUAAUUUUCUAGAAUUUUUUUCCUUCUUUCCUUCUUCUCCUUCUUCUUCUUCCUCUUCUUUUUCUCUCUCAAAAAAAGUUUAACAGCGCAUUAUCUUCGAGCAGAUUACCCUUAAUGCUUCACAGCUUCAUCUCGUCCUGAGACUGAACAACGAAUCUCUCGAAAUACUUUGAUUCAGUCUCAUCAUAAACUAAUCUUUCUGUUUGAGUUAUAUUAUUCCCAUUAUUCCUUAUGCAUAUGCUUCUCCGUAAGUUUAGAGUAAUUAUUCAAAGCAACACAUAAGCUCUCCAGCAUGAAGUCCGGGCACUUUUUUCCUCUCCUUUGCCGAGGGACGAGCGCCAAGACGGUUGCUACCAUGGUCUCCUGUUGCUAUUGCUGCAGGACCCGGUCUCUUCCCUGAGCUGAUGUGUGAAUUAUGUAAUAUCCACACAUGAAUGCACUAAAGGACGUUCCUCUUUAACUCUCACCUUCUCAAAGAAUUUUUGAUCACUUUUAAACUAGAAUUCGCAUAGAGUUUUCACUUUUCUCUCUUCAGUUGGGGUUGGGCGCAUUUGUUUUUGUUUUUGUUGUGCCACUGCCGUCGCCCUUCCUGCGUGGGUGUAAAUGUACAUAACUUAGGCUUAAGCUGAACCUCUCUGAGCCUCCAUCACAUCGUCAUCCCAUCGCAAGAAACUCAUCAGGCUGCGUUCGAAAGAAGACGUUUGUUCUCCCGACACUUCACAUCAAAGCUAACACAAAACACCACGGACGCCGCGCCGCGCCAGUAGCCUCCACAACCCUUGAUUCUCAGGUCCGGCUUUCCUUGCAAACAGCCAAUCGUUCUCUUUAUGGUGGAUUUUCGAAAGAGCUUCCCCAGUGCAUUAUUUUCUACUUUGCUCUCCGCUCCAAACUGCCUGAGAAUAACAGAAAAAUCGUAAAGAUUUCAUUUUUAACUAUUUUUCAUGCUAAAAAUUCCCUGAAGUGUUUACAAAUCCCUUUCAAAAUUUUAUCCUUUAACUUAAGGCUCCCAUUUCAAACAGGCAGAUUUUUAUUUCACACCAUCAUAUCAAUGUUACUGAGAUCUUCAAAGACUCCAUCAGCCACAUCAUCCAAUAUUCAUUUUGCCUUCCAAUACAAACAGCUUGAAAAAUGUUACGAAUGGUUGGAAGGAGAGACGUCCUCGACGACCCAGCCCACCUCAACACAUAACACGUCAAAUCGCACCACUACGGCCUCGGCAGCUGCUGUCCCGCCCCUCAGGAGGUGCCGAGAACAAUCUAGUGGAGAGUUACCCCCUCAGAGCCUCCGCCCCUGUGGAAGCCGCGUCCUCGCCUUGGUGGGACGCUGUCAUUCUGACUGGGAAUAUGCAGUACUUAUAAAUAGUUAUACCUUAAACAUGUAUUGAUUUCCAACUUCUUCCUCUCAUGACACGGCUAGUUUCCGAUGCUUUGUUACGAUCCCCCCUUCUACUGUUCCUUCUACCCUUCAUUUUCCUCCUCCUCCUCAAGUAUUCUGCCAACAGGUAGUAGGAGCUCUAGCACCGCCCUGAUGAUGUAGAGAUAAGCAGACGGACGGGCACAGCUGACAGACCCACUGUGUAUUAGGUUACUCACGCUAGUCGGCGCAACACAUUCGGUCGUGUAGAUACAGUGACACGUGAAAAUAGAGGAAUAUGUAUUGCCUGUCCAAUAAAUGACGCACGUGACUCAUA